AUGAGCAUUCAGUUUAAAUCAAAAUUCAAUCAAAAUUCUAAAUGGUGGUUAAAAUCCAUUCCAAAAGCUAUUUCAUGGACAGAUAUAAAUAUCUUGCGCUUCCUUCUCAUUUACAAAUCUUUUUCAGUUCUUUGGAAUAUUUAUGACCCUCAGUAUAAGAAUGAGAAAAUAAGGUUAUUAACUUAUAAAAAUAUUGCUGAAACUUUAAAUUUAAAGAAUGUUGAUGAACAAAGCUGUAUGCAGCUUAUCGAAGAGUUAAAGAAGCGGUAUAUUCGAGAGAAAGAAAUUUUCAAGAAUGCGAAUAAUAAACAGCCAGUUUGGUUUAAUGUUCUGCAUGGGAUAAUCAAGAACAGUUUGAGACAAAAUUCAAAAUCAAUCGGUUUAAGCUUACUCAAUUGCAAUUAUUGUAGCAAAAAACAGAAUUUAGAAUCUCUUUCCAGCUAUCAUUUAUUUGAAGGUGAAAAUGUAGAUAUGUCAAAGGAUAAUUUUAAAAAUUGCGAAGAAUGCUGUAAUAAUGUGAAUAUUAGCGGCUCGUGUGAGUUGAACAAUGUAGCUAAAGAUGUGAUUGAAAAUGUGAUUGAAGAUCCUACUAUAAUUGUUAAAAUUUUAAAGGAAGACAAAAAUAAGAAGUGCUUAAAUUUCAAAGAGGCUUGCAAUCAAAUUAUGUGUCACAUAAUGACCAAUGAUAAUAGAAAAACAGGCGAGGUGGAUUUCAAGCAAGAUUUUAAAGAAAUUUAUCAGGUUAUUUGUGUAGAAGUUAAAGAUGAUCGUAACUACAAAAGUAAUGAAACAAAUGAAGAUUCAGAUGAUGCCUUAUCUGCACCGCAAAGUCAAAUAGAAUUCAAUAAAGACUCCAAUUGCACGUGCAGUUUCAAUAAAGAAUCUACUAUAGCUUCGUCAGAUUCAGCUAAAGAUUUUCAAACUGAAGACUUUUCAAUAUGUUCACUCAUUGAUAAAGACAUUAAUGGCGAUAACAUGUCUCUGAACGACGAGAAAGACUUUUUUAAAGAUUCAUUGCGAUUUUACGGUAAACCUAUCAGCCUCGUUAACAAGUUUAUACGCAAUAAUAAGGACGGUUAUAUAGAUAAAAUUGAGCCCCGGAAACACUUUGCCGCAUACUCUACUAAUAGUCAAACUGAAAUCUAUCCCCUGCAGCUUGGAAUGUGA